CUGUUUAUUCAGUUGUGCUGAAAAUAGAUAUUCUUGAGCUUGUAUUAUUACCUAAUGUAUUGUAAGUAAAGCUUACCCAUGAAUGCAUCUGUAGUUAUAAUCCAAGAUGUCAUACGUGAUGAUGAUGAUGAAGGCUGUGAGUUGACGCACAUGAUGAAGUGCUUGUGACUGCAGGGCGUUUACUUUGAGUACUUUAAUCUGUUCCCGCUCCUGCAGAGGCACACAGUCACACUGUGCUUUUAUUUUGAAGAUUGGGUAACAAAACCGGAAAUCUUAUGUUGAUAUACCACCCAGGAUUUUUAUCUUAAAACCUUAUUUGCCCUCUCUGACUGCUGCACGGUGCUGUGACCUGACAGCGCGGCAAAACUGUGUGAAACAAACGAGACAGCAGCAGCACAACAAUGGAGACAGUGUCCAGUGUCCUGGGCUUUGAGUGGAUGGACGGCGGGACAGUUUUGAUAUUUCUGUGUGUUUUUCUGUUGCUGGCUGAUGUUUGGAAGAACAGAGUACCGGCAAACUUUCCUCCUGGACCCUGGGCUCUUCCUCUCAUUGGUGACCUUCAUCGCAUCGACCCCAGCAGAGUUCACCUGCAGUUCAUAAAGUUCGCAGAGAAAUAUGGGGACGUCUUCAGCCUCCGUCUCUUCGGUGGAAGGGUCGUGAUCGUUACAAGCUACAAGCAUGUGAGAGAGGCGCUGGUCCAGAAAGGAGAGGACUAUGCAGAUCGCCCUGUCAUCCCGUUGUUUGAUGACUUAGUCGGGAAUAAAGGUCUGGUGGGAUCAAGCGGCAGUGCAUGGAAGCAGCAGAGGAGAUUUGCUCUUCAAACGCUCAAAAACUUUGGGUUCGGCAAGAAGUCAAUGGAGUUAUACACCCAGCAGGAGUCCCACUAUCUCACUGAGGCGUUUGCCCUUCAUCAAGGCGAGCCUUUUGAUGCCCAGGCACUGUUAAACAACGCUGUGUCCAACAUCAUCUGCUGCCUGGUGUUCGGGGAUCGAUAUGAGUACACUGACAAGGAGCACCAGGCUGUUCUUCACGACUUCGAUGAGUUGCUGUACUUGGAGGGAGGUGUGUGGGCACAGAUUUAUAACACAUUCCACUGGCUGAUGAAGUGGCUGCCCGGACCUCACCGGAGGAUAUUCACUCUGACACAGAAGAUACUUGACUUCAUUGAAAUCAAGAUCAGAGAACACAAAGAAAGUCUCGACCCGUCCUCACCGAGAGACUACAUCGACUGCUUCCUCACAGAGAUGGGAGAGGAGGAGGACAAAGAUUCUGGUUUUUAUCUGAAGAAUUUGUGUGUUUGCACUCUGGACCUGUUUGGUGCUGGAACUGAAACGACCACCACUACUUUACGCUGGGGACUGUUAUACAUGAUCCACUAUCCUCACAUACAAGAGAGAGUCCAGGCAGAGAUAGACACUGUCAUCGGCUCAUCCAGACAACCCUCUCUGAUUGACAGAGAUGACAUGCCCUAUACUAAUGCAGUCAUCCAUGAAAUCCAGAGAAUGGGCAACAUUGUUCCCCUCGAUAUAUUCCACAUGGCAGGCAAGGACACCACGCUCGACAAGUACACGAUCCCAAAGGGCACCGUAGUCCUGCCGGUACUGACCUCGGUUCUACAUGAUGAGUCGAUGUGGGAAACUCCACACUCCUUUAACCCUCAACAUUUUCUGGACCAGGACGGCAAAUUUAGGAAGAGAGAAGCCUUCAUGCCUUUUUCAGCAGGAAAGCGUGUGUGUCUCGGGGAGCAGCUGGCCAGGAUGGAGUUAUUCCUCUUCUUUACCUCCCUCCUCCAGAGGUUUUCUUUCUCUGCACCUCCUGGAGAGAAACCCAGUCUGGAGUACAAGUUAGGAAUCACCCGCUGUCCCAAACCUCAUGACAUCUGUGCCGUACCACGAUAAACCACUAGCUGUCCCAAACUGAACCACCUCUGUUUCACAACACAGUGAAUCAGUGUACUACACUACAUUUAUCUUAAAAUACUAAUGUGUAACCUGAAGCACUGAGGCAGAUGAUUUAUUGCACAGAUUUGCAAGAUCACAGCAUGUUAUCUCGCAAAUCCAGCUGCCGUGCCAGGUUAAUUAAUAUCGGCUACAUUUUUGUUGUUUUUUUACCUAUAGUGUGAGUAAAACAUAUCUGGAUAUGUUUUUGUUUCUUCUCAGUCAGAAUUACUUUUUAUAUAAUGAUUGUAAUCUACUGAAUUUAAAUCCUUCAAGGAUUUCAGGUCAGACUUUCCAAUGCACAUUGGAUUUGUCAGAGUUGCUGAAACUUGAUAUGUGUGUAAAUAAAUGAUACUGAGAUUUA